AUGGCUACCAACAUCACCUGGCACCCUUCCCUCAAGCGCACCGAGCGCAACGAGCUCCGCAAGCAGCAGGGCAUCACCCUCUGGCUCACCGGUCUAUCUGCCUCGGGCAAGUCGACCGUCGCCACCGCUCUCGAGCAGCACCUCCUGCACCUCGGCGUCGCAGCCUACCGUCUCGACGGCGACAAUGUGCGCUUCGGCCUGAACAAGGACCUGGGCUUCUCCGAGAAGGACCGCAACGAGAACAUCCGUCGCAUCUCCGAGGUCGCCAAGCUCUUUGCCGACUCGUCCACCAUUGCCAUCACCAGCUUCAUCUCCCCCUACCGGGCCGACCGUGACCUCGCCAGGGAGCUGCACGCCCAGACCACCGCCGGCGACGAGACCCCCCUGCCCUUUGUCGAGGUCUACGUCGACGUGCCCCUCGAGGUCGCCGAGCAGCGUGACCCCAAGGGCCUCUACAAGAAGGCCCGCGCCGGCGAGAUCAAGGACUUUACCGGCAUCUCGGCCCCCUAUGAGGAGCCUCUCAACCCAGAGAUCACCAUCAAGACCCACGAGAACUCGGUAGAGGAGUGCGUGGCCCAGAUCACCAGCUGGCUGACCGACAAGGGCUACAUCAAGACCGCCUAA